AUGUCCGAUGAUACCGGACCCUCAAAGGUCGAUCUUCAGAAUGCCAUGAGGAAGCUUCGGGCGCUCCCAGCCAACAAGGUUUUAAUUGAUUUUUUGUGUAGGAAGUUGGUAAUAUUCAAUUUUUAGCUUUGCUUUGACUGUGGAGCUCGAAAUCCUACUUGGGCAACUGUCACGUACGGUAAGAAUGAUGAAAAACGUAGAAAAUUCAGUUUUUUGGUUCAAAAAAAAAGACUACAGUAUUAUUGAAUAUUUUUUUCAGCUUGAAAAAAAAGGAACAAGGGUUUUGUUUAAAAUAAACUGCAUGAAGUUCGAAAUAACACAUAAAAUCACAUAUUUGGUAUAUAUUUUUCCAAACUCCAUCAACUUUUCAUGGUCAGUAGAAGCAUCUUAUACAAUAUCAGUUAGGAGUUUCAAAAUUAUGCAAUUUCACUCGAUUUUUCGCUCGAAAUUCGAUAUUUCCAGGCGUCUUCCUGUGCAUCGACUGCUCGGCGACGCACAGGAAUCUCGGCGUUCACUUGACUUUUGUGAGGUCGACCAACUUGGACACCAACUGGACCUGGCUCCAGCUCCGAGCCAUGCAACUCGGCGGAAACUCGAAUGCGGUGAUUUUUCCUUCAAGAAUAGAUUCACAUAUUUUCUUGUAAAACCUAGGAAAAGCAGAGUGGUCCCUAUAGGGGUCUUGAAGUUGUAUUCCAAGAAAUUGAUAUGAUCUUCUGUAAUCAAUUUUACACAUCGAUUAUUUGAAAUAGGAUCACUUUUAUGCCUGAUUUCAUUCUUUGUCCAUCUAGGGACCACUUGAAUGCUCCCAUAGGGAACCAUCUAAAACUGCUCUGGGGACCACUUUUCCGAGCUUUAGUGGCCCCUUUAGGGAAGGUAAAGUGCUACCUAGAUAGAGAGUAACCUUCAAAGGCCCCUAUAGGGACCACUCUGAAGUUCUAAACAUCUCAAGAAUCACGAUAAUAUCUCAAUUUUAUACAGGCAGAAAACGAGCCUUAUCAAACAAAAACGACAUUUUUAGAUUUAGUAUUCAUUUGGCAACAGCAAAGUCCGGUUUUUAAAGGAUUUGUUGAGAUAAUAUCGAUUUAUUUUUUGUUUAUUCAUAUUUGUUGUAUUUUUAUAAGGAUCCUACUAUCUAGAACACAAAAAAGAAGGAAUUUAGUCCCCUGUAGGGACCACUUAAACUAGCUUUAGUGGCCUAUAUAGGGGUUGGUAAAGUGGUCCUCCAAGUGCCCUGAAGGUUGUCCCUAUAGGUACUACUCUGGAGUUUCUAUGCCGCUAUUUUUUUCAUAGUAUAUAAAAUUUUUGCAGACUCAGUUCUUCAAGCAGCACGGCUGCACAACCAACGACGCCCAGCAGAAAUACAAAAGCCGCGCCGCCCAACUUUACAAGGUUAUUCCCCCUCUAGGGAUCACUUCAGUUUAUAAUUUUUAACAAUAAAUAUAUUUUCAGGACAAAUUGGCGAACAUCUGUCAAGAAGCCCAACGGAAAUACGGCAAGCAGCUGUUGAUCGACACGGUUUCCCAUGCCGAGGAGAAAAAAGAUGUUGGUUUUCAAUUUUUCAGAUUUGAAAAAGUUUAGUGUUAACACGGAAAAAAGGAUGAUUUGGUAUGAAAAUGAUCAUAUAAAGUAAAAUAAAUGAAUUUUUGCACAGUAAAAUGUUUUUUUUCACAAGGCUCAUGAAAAAAUUCGGACUUUUCGUCAUUUUUGCCAAAAAAAUCGGCUAUAAAAGCCUCGAAAAAACUUUUCCGGAUGAAAAAUUUAAUAGUUCAUUCAAAGCAACCUAUUUAUGUCGUUGCAUAAAAAUUUUUAAAAUUUUAAGUUGUUCAUCGUAUAAUAUAAAGCAUAAUUAAUAAAAAGAGAUAAGAUGAAAGAUUGGAACACAGUAAGAGUCGAUAUUCUCAGAAGAUGAUCCCGGUUAAUUAUGAAUCGGCUGGACCCCAGCCUUUUGCGCGCGAAAAAAACAAUUUGAGAAUGUACUGAAGUACCCCGUGGUGGGAUCCAGCCGACGUAUGCGGUUAAUAAAAGCCUUGAGUAAAGAAAAUGACAACGUAGUUUAGUCGUUAAAUCGAUCAUCUUCUUGAAAUAUCGACCCUUUUAUACCCUUGCUGUGGUAUUAUCUUCCACGUGAUUUCUUUUAUUUAUUAUUCAUUCUACAUACUCAACAAUAUUCAGCAUUAACCUUUCUAGAAUGACUAUUGAAGUUUUCACGAGGAUACAAUAUUUUUAAGAGUGCGCAUUUUGAAAAUUUUUACAGUCUAUUUUUCUAAAUUUCCUAUAUUUUUAUCUUAAAAGGUAUAUCUGAUUAACAGCUGGCUUAAGCCAUCGAAAAAAGGGUCCUGACACGAUAAUGCACGAGAUAGUGCCUGGCUCGUGGAGAGCGCAGACAGGACACGCCCUUUCAGCGUCGCAAGCUAGUCGUGUAACAGUUGUUUUAGGAAUCAUAAAAGAGCAUUUUCCAGGAAAACGAGGAAGAUUUCUUCUCCCAAGAGUUUGGCCAUCAGCCAGCCGCGUCGCAAAGCGCCACUUCCUUGGGAAGCGACGCGUAUAUCACUGAAAAUCAUCAUCACGAUUCUACUCAUGGUGAAGAAGGAUAGGAAUGUCCUAGAGAAAAAGAAAUUUCAGGACCCAAAGUCGAUCAUUUGGAUUCGGCGCCCGUGGCGACGAGUGCCCCGGUUUCUGUCAUUUUAAAGAAACCUGUUAAGAAAGCGACGGUAAAUUUUGUUUCUAUAGAAGUUAACUUUAUCUUGAUUCUUAUAUACUCUACAAUUUUUCUUUAUAACUUGAAUGUGCUUUAGAUUAGGUUUCUGAAAUGGCGAAUGCGAAAUGAAAAUGAAAAAUGAAAAACUAAUGCUAGUUUUUUCCAAAAAUAUAGAAUUGAUUGGCUUUGAAGUGCUUUAAGUAGAGUUUUACAUGUAAAAAAGCAAAUUUUGAGCGAUUUCGUUUUUUUGAAAAAAAAAAAGAACUUGAUUAAAAGUUUAGAUGAACUAAAUCUGGGGACUUGAAAAUUUUAAUCUGUAGAAAAAAAAGGGCUUUGGAGUACUUUAAGUAGAGUUUUACAUGUAAAAAAGCAAAUACCGAGCGAUUUCGUUUUUUUGAAAAAAAUGAAUCGAUUCGAGCUUAUAUAAACCUAGGAACUUGAAAAUUUCAAUCAGUUGGAAAAAGAACGCGCUUGGAGUAUUUUAAGUAGAGUUUUACAUGUAAAAAAACAAAUUUUGAGUUUUGUUCAUUUGAGAAAAUAAAUCGAUCCAAGGUAACUUGAUCUAGAAAUCCGAAAAAUUGCAAUUUAUUGGAAAAACGCGCUUUGGUUUACCUAGACUAUAGGCGCUUGAAUAGAAAAAAAUAAGCUCAAAAAAAUAAAAAAAUUUUGAGUUUUAAAAAAAGUGUCAAGUCGAACGGAUUUUCCGAGUUUAAAGAAGCUUUUUCUUAAAAAAAUUAAAAAAAUCCUUUUUCUUUUUCUCUUUUUUUCGAGAAAUUCACCAUUUUUUUAAAGCUCGGCGCGAAAAAAAGGCGGCCUCGGAGCCCAAAAAAAGUGAAACUCAACUUCGAUGAGAUCGAACAACGUGCGGCGGAGCGCGAAAAAGCAACAGCAGGUUAUUUUUUUGAAUAAUCCCCUGAAUUUUAUAUUAUUUUUUUCCAGGCUGA